UUAGAGCAGAGCUUUGAAAUGUCUUAAGGAUCUUAGCUUUAGUCUUGUCAUAUUAAGAUAGUAACAGGCCAUUGCAAGAACAAAAUGGAUGCAAAAGUUCUUCCUUUGCUGGAGAAAGUUGAUAAAAAAUUUGAUAGAUUUGACGAUAAGUUUUCUCAACAAAAUGACAGAAUAAAUUCCUUGGAGAAAAUGCUGAAACAUAUCAGUGCUAGUAAAACUUCAGAAGAUGACAGGGAAAACGUCAGAAGUAGACAUUGUAGAAAUGAAAACUUUAUCAAUCAAACGAAAGCAGAGCUGGAAGAUGCUGACUACAAGAAAAGAGAAUUGAAAGGUACAAAAACAAAAAUAAAGAAAGCAGCUUCAUUUCACGAGAAACCUACAAGGAUACCAACACGAAUAAGGAGAAGUAUUCACACUGUUCCAUCUGAUAAAGACGAGGAGAGGAGGUUGAACAGCUUCCGUCGUGAGUGUUUGUCAAAAGCCAUACAAUGGAAUGUUGUUGAUCUCGUGAAAGCUGCUUCAGAAGGACAAAGCAUCAUUUUACCAAAAUGGCUCUGCAGAGAAGAGAUCAAAACUAUAAAGAUAGGAAGUGACAGGAAAAAUCAUUUGAGAAGAUUCCUUUGUAUUUUGAUAGAAAAAGACUUUGUCACCAUGCAGGAAUGGCUACAGAGCUGCAAACUUGACGAGAAAGUUGUUAAACGGGUAUGGGAAACAUUUGAAGAAUUUAGCGAUGUUGAAACAAAUAAGUCUAGAAUGAAAUGUUUCCACUGCAGACUGGUUGAGACUGUCAAUGUAUUAGAUGUUGUGGAUUACCUGUUCAGUGCAGAAAUCAUUUCAUCAGAACUUUGUCAGAAAAUUUCAAGUUCGGAGUUAAUUGUCGGAGCUCAGGAAGGACUCUGGAAAGAAGUGUUAGAAGAAUGCAGGCGUUAUAUUCAUCCCAAGGCCUUAGUGACCACCUUCAAAAUAUCCAUGACAGAUAAACUGAGUUUGUUGAAUGACAAAGAAAAAUUUGAAUAUGAAUCUUUGCUUAGUAUGACUGUUGAAACAGAUGCUGCUGAUCUGUUUACCUGCCGUUGCCAAGAGAGGUGUUCAAAAUCAUUCCAUCCUGUCUCGUGCCUGAAAUCCAUGUCUUUAGCGGGUGUCUAUUUUUCCCAGCCACCUCAGCGGAAAAGAGAAAAUUCUUCAUCUUCAAGUGAAAAUCCUCAAUCGAGUUUGUCAUCGGGCACUUCUUGUGAGACAGUUGCAGAAGAAAGCAAGAACAGGGCAGACAUUCUGUCUAGUCCAGAUGAAGAGACUGAGCUGAAGAAACCUGUUGUUCCACCUAGAAUUCCCAAAGGAAAUCAGGGGCAAGGUGGGAAAAGCGAGAUUGUAAAGUUUCAAGAUAGACCACAUAGUGACAACUCAAGGACAUUACGAAGAAAGUCUAAACAGAAAGAGGAAAUCUGUCAUUCAGAAUCUAGUUCGGAUUAUUUUGAUGGAGAUCAAAAGCCUGUUGUUCCAGUGAGGAACAGUGUUAAGUCUGUUACCAAUAUGUCCAGUCACAGGCUCGAAAAUAAGCCAAAUGUGAUAAGAGCGCAAAAUGUGAUUUUUAAUACAGGUCCAAAGUACAUUCUUACUAAAGAGAGAGCCAAUUAUAGUUAUUCAAGUGAUAGUUCAAAAGACUAAAUACUGUUUAGCUCAGGUCUUUGGUUGAUUUUAAAUUGUGAACAAAUCUUUUUCAAUAAUCUGUGUGCAAGUAAUAUUACAUUUGCAUACUUUGUACCGAAGAUUAUUUUGGGUAUUAAUAUUAGAAAUGUUGUGAUUUCAUACCUGUACAUAUAAAAUUAUGUAUAAGAGCAGGAUUUUACGCUUUGUUUCGGGUCAAAAUUCAGAGCAUUGUAUGGUAAUCAUAUGAUUCAGCUAUGCUCGUUAAACCAACUUUAAAGUUAACAAUAUGUAUUUUACUUGUAGUGAGUGACUCAAUUAAGUUUUAGCAGGUGCUCAUUACUGUAGAUAUUUACUACCGGUACUUGUACAAGUAUUGAAAUCUGAUGAAAUUGAUAUUGUGGGUUAAAACUGUCUUGAAUGUUUUUCAUAUUUUAUUUUACAGUGUUGAAUUUAUCAUCAUUUAUUUAUUUCUGAAUGUUUUCUCUGCUAAUGUAUUGAAUGACUUUAGUUGUUAAGUUUUUAAAAAGUGCAAUUUGGUUCUCAACUGUUGAAAAAGUGCAAUAUUAUUCCCUGUGUUGUUAAAUCAUGUUGAAACUCUCUGUACAAUUAAUUUCACUGCUCAACCUUAGCUGCUUAUGUGAGUUAGUAUUACCUUGCACAUUUUGUUGUUAUUGUUGUUGUUGUUGUUGUUGUUUUUAGCUGUUAAUAGUGAGAACUAUAUUUAAGACUACAGAUCCAGUUGCUGGCAUCAGAUUUUGGUUAAACUUUUGCAUGCAAGAUCAUGUUUUAGUAAGCAUUGCAUGUACUGGAGUGAAAUUUCAUACAUAAGACCUACUGAAAUAGUUUGAAUUUAAUGUAAAUUAUGGUCCUUUUUGAUUUAGAAAAUUUGGUUGAAGAUUUGCAUGUAAGUAAUUAUUGAGCUGGUUCCCAGUAAUGGUUCUAUUUAUUAGACUGAAACUUAACACAAGGCUUCUUAGUCAUCAAAUCAACUGAAAAAAUCCACAAAGAUAACUCUUGGUUGAAUAUAAUGUACAUUAUGACCCUUUUUUCCAUUUAGAAAAUUUCAUAAAGUUUUAUGUGCAACUAGCUAUCAAGCUGUAUCUUAGAAACACCUACGUAUAUUGAAUUUAAACUUCAUGUAGGAUUCCUAGUCACAAACCUUCUUACAGAACAAGUUAGAUAACUCUUGAUUAUAUUAGUAGGAAUUAUUGGCCAUAUAGAUCUUGGAAAAAUUUGUGAGUGUUUUAUAUGGAACAUGCUAACUUUUGUUAAUUUUUGUAAUAUUUUGUUAUGAAAUAAUGAACUUACUAUAAUGGAAGUUUUGGCUGAUGUUCAACUUACAAUUUGUUCAUUAGUCCAGUGUGCUGUCUUAUUGAUAGUUUUUGAAACAUUUUUCUCUUGGUGGCAGCUUAAAUAUUAUCAUUGUCUUCAAAAAACCAAUAUGUCUUGGGAGAUUAUUUAUAUUUUUGCCAAAAGUGAAUCUCAAUAAAUGAAAAGAUUACCAAG